UGAUUUCCAAAUGCGGAAUUCUUAACUAAAUUGUUUUCGCCACAUCCAAAUCGAGUAAGCAAAAACAUAAAUAAGCUUAUUACAGCAUAAAACGGUUAUCCCCAUGAAAAUACAUAGACAUAUGGAUAAUGAAACAAAACGCACAUGUAUAAACCACAACAAUGUGUAUAAAAAACCAUUCGCAAACGCUAUUUUUGCAUUUGAUUAACAUUUCAUUUUGAUUUUUAUUAUACCACAACCAGCAUAUCCCGCUUUAUGGUCUACGUGAUAAUCAAAAAUAUGGUCUAUUACUGCGACCACCCACAGUUCAGCAUAUAACAAUGAUAAACGAUGUUCAUAUAUAUUCGAUUAUGUGUCUAUGUGUAACAUUCUAAAUAUGGUUUAGGUGCUAUAUUUUUUUACAUGGGUCUCGUACACAGUACACGGAACUCGUGCGUGUAAAGUAAUACUACCAUUAAAAAAUGUUUCCUUUUAUUUUCUUAUUUUAUUAUCUGUGGUGUUAUAAGUAAUGGAAGAUGACAAUUUAUUGAGAAUGUGUAAACGGCGUGUCUGUAAAAAAAGUAACAAUAGAUCAAUUAUUUCAGUUUCAAGCUUUACGUCAUGAAAUAUACAUAUACAUACAUAUACAUAUAUCCAAUUUCAUAAAAAAAUAUACUUUAAGUUCUAUAAGUAAUUUAUAUCAUUAAGUUAAACUCAUUUAAAUAAAAUAUUAUUGACAUUAUUUCCUUUGAAUGUGAGGUAUUAUUUUGCUGUUCCCCAAGUUGUAGGUUUUGUUUAAUAUUGGCCUUUUACUGCGCGCUAUUACUCAAUCAUUUUCCCGCAAUAACAACUGUAUUGGUCGCAAUGUCAUCAUAUCACUAUUUAGUUGACGACUGAACUGGUUGGUUAAUUAUUUAGUUAUUUAUUAAUAGACUCACGUCAGACGCAUGUACUGGGCACGGGAGCAAUUAAGCGAUUGUCAACAAUACAAUUAAAUAAUAAUAUAUAAUUGAUGGCUUACAACCAAGUCGCGUUACGAUAGAUGCUAUCGGGACAAGGCUGCUCAAGAUAUGUGUUUGGAUAAUACUAAGUUGGCGUUUCCGCGAGUUUUGGUGGGCGUUAUGAUAGUAUAAAAUGAAAAAGGGCUGGCCAAAACCCACCUAUUGUUUAUUAAAACCUGCACUCGAAAGGAACUCUACUAAAAAUGAAACUAGCAAUGUUUUCGUGGAUUACUUGUGCGAUGCUUUGGAGCAUCGCAGAGGCUCAGUCCCAAGUCCCAGGUCCACCCGAGGCUAUAGGUGCCGCCCAAGGGGGCCUGGGCGCAGCAGCGGGGGCGGGCGGACAACUUGGAGCCCACGGCGGCGGACCGCCCAAAGCCGUUGAGGACGGGCCUGGAGCUGGGAUGGACGCCGGCAUUGGAGUGGGCGCCGAGAUGGGAGCCAGUGCACGUGUUGGAGGAUCUGGCGGUAGACGCUAAAGACGGUCCUUCAGUUUGACAUUUCCUUAGCUUACUUUGCUUUUUGUUCUCGCCGCUAACACUUGUGCAUUGGGAAAUAACUCCGAGAAAAAGGGGCCCGACACUACAGAGCUUGUAAUUAAUUACGGCUGGUUCUAAAAGAAUGUCAAAUUUUGUUUAUCGCACACUCCGCACAGUUGUCGGCGCCAGAUUUUUUUGGAGCUCAGUGUCAUAAUUGAUUUGAAAUCGCGGUUCGUCGCCACGUAAUGGUCACACACACUCUGCAAAUCGGCUCACUUCAAGUAAAUUCGAAAUCAAAUCAAAUACGAAUCGCUUUGGCAGCUUAAAUUCCAUUUAAUGCCCCUUAAUGAAAUACUCCUUAAAAUCUACCGAUUGUAUCGCAGGUGUGUGUAUGCGCCUGGAGGCAAAAACAGAAAUAGAAAACUCAUGAGCGAAUGUUAAAAAUAUCAAAAGCAUUUCCACAUAAAUCAAGUGAUCAAUAAAUAAGUAAAAUAUGACAGGCACCGACCUCAGCAACAACAA